AUGGUGCAGGAUGCGGAAAAGUACAAGCAUGAGGAUGAUGCCCAGCGGGAAAGGAUCGGAGCCAAGAACAGUCUAGAGUCCUACGCCUUCAACAUGAAGAGCACAGUGGAGGAUGAGAAUGUGAAAACUAAGAUCAGUGAGGGAGACCGGAAGAAAAUUCUUGAACAAUGUAACCAGGCAAUCCUGUGGCUGGAGAACAACCAGAUGGCAGACAAGGAGGAGUUUGAGUACCAGCUGAAAGAACUGGAAAAUCUUUGCCGUCCCAUCAUUGCCAACUUGUACCAAGGAGGAGCAGCAGCAGCAGGGGGUUCUUGCAGAGCCCAGGCUGGAUGUGCCACUUCCACAGGACCAACAGUGGAGGAGAUGGAUUAAAGGACUAGAAAGUCAGAGCCUCCGCAAUCCAGGACUGAACUUUAGACUGGGACUUGGUCAGCACCACGAUCUCUCUCUUUCAGUGACAGGGAGAGGAGAGGGUUGCUGCAGAAAUUACUGCCAGCUGUAACAGUUACGAUGUCACUGAUCUUGGAGCCUGUUGACAUUUUGUAAUAUGUUUGUCAAUGUGGUGAAUUAAUUUUUUGAAUACUCUGGAAGAACAUAAUCUUGUUAUAUUUGAUUUAUAUAGGGGAUAAUUCUUAAUGUACAGAAAAAUAUUUAUUUUUGUUUACAAAUUCACUUUUUUUUUAAAAAAAUAAAUGUUCUUAUUGAUUUCUGCAUGUUUCUUUCUGAGGUGUAUGAUUUGACACACAUACUGUGAAUGAUUUUUCUUUGUUUUCCUACUGCAAAGCAUUUCUGACACAUUUUUGCACCAGCACUGAGUUAUUUUUACUCCAGAUUACGAAACAUAGAACAGUACAGCACAGAAACAGGCCUUUCGACCCAUGAUGUAGCGUCGUCCACGGCUCCAAGUUAAACUCAUCCCUUCUGCCUGGCAAUCCCCCUGGUCUAUCUGCCUCCAUUGCAUGUUUAUUCCUGUGCUGAUCUAAAAGCCCAUUAAAAGUCACUAUGGUGUCUACCUCCUGCACUACCCCAGGCUGCCCAUUCCAGGCACCUCGCCUUAGCGUAAAUACAUGCCUUCCAGUAUUAGACAUAUCUGGGGAAGAAGUGUUAUCUGUCAAUCCUAUUUAUGUUUCUCCUCUAUUUCUGUUGCUCCAGAGAAAACCACCCUAGUCUAUCCAGCAUCUCCUUAUAGCUCAUACUCUCUAAUCCAGGUAGCGUCCUGGUAACCAUCUGCUGAACCCUCUUCAAAGUCUCCACAUUUUUUCUGUCGUGUCACAA